AUGGUGAUGAGCUGCAAGAUCGUGGUGUUGGGCGACGGUGGAGUGGGCAAGACCGCGUUGACGAUCCAGCUCUGCCUGAACCAUUUCAUUGGUCAGUUUGGGCGCGCAAGACCCUGUCAUACUCGGACUUGUACUGACCCAUUUGCGCUGGUUUGACAGAGGUGAGCAUGCUCGUUUCAGAGCUCUUAGCUUGACGACGACGACGACCGGUCGAAUGCGAUCGAGGACGACUGCGCCGCGCUCGUCCACGCUCCCGCCGUCAUCCGCUGUGGGAGUCCAAAUACACUGACCGCCAUCUGUUCCCCCUCGUUAGACAUACGACCCUACGAUCGGUUAGUUGGCUCACGUUCGGGCUCAACUCGAUGGAGGGCCCCACGCGACGACCCACGACCCACCCGCGCCGUCCGUCGCAGGCCUGCUGCAUUGUGCUCGCGUGUGGUCGCGCAGGAAUGCCGAGUCACGUGCCCGCCCCGAGCCCGCCGUCCGAGCCCGCUGGGUAGCCCAACGCUGACACGCUGCUCGAUAAUGCCCGAACACAUACCACAGAAGACUCGUAUCGUAAACAUGCUAUCAUUGAUGAUCAGCCCUAUCUGCUCGAAAUCCUCGAUACCGCUGGGCAAGGUGCGGCCUCGGCACGCGCGAUUCAAGGCAAAGGCAGAAUCGACCACUGACAAUUGUCCGGCGGUUGCUUCAAUCUGCAGAGGAGUACACAGCACUGAGGGAUCAAUGGAUUCGGUACGAGCUCUCACACCACUUGCGUCUCAGAGAUUUGCUCACUGACCAUGAGCCCAUCCCGCUCCGCACCCACAGGGAAGGAGAAGGUUUCGUACUCGUCUAUUCCAUCACCGCUCGUGCCACCUUCGAACGCAUCGAACGGUUCAGGCAUCAGAUCACGCGCGUCAAGGACUCUGAAACAAUUCCCAUCGUCCUCGUCGGCAACAAGGCCGAUCGUGCCAACGAACGUGAGGUUGGUAGGGACGAGGGCCAGGCCUUGGCCAAAAAGUUGGGGUGCGAGUUUGUCGAAACGAGUGCCAAGACGAGGCUCAAUCUCGAGUUGGCUUACUACACCGUCGUGAGGAUGAGUGAGUGCACUGCCCAUUGCGAUGGGAGGAGAGGGAAGAGGCUGACUUUCUGGGUUCAACCGUGGCAGUCCGAGCACAACGUGAAGGCACCACACCGGGGUCAAAGGUAGCGGGUGGGAAAAAGCACAGGCUUCCGAAGAGUUGCUCUAUCCUGUGA